AUGCCUUAUUGUUGUGAAACUGUUCUUAAACCACAUAUAUUUAAUUCUACAAAUAAAACAUAUUGUAAAUGUUCAUUAGAAGAAUAUCGUUCUCAAUAUUGUGUACCAGCAUUUUCAAUUCAAUCACGUCAACGAUGUUCAAUUGUUUGUCUUCCAAAACGUCUUAAUACAUUUAAUAAACGAUCAUUUCGUUCAGAAAAAUUUCGAUUAUUCUAUGAGCGUGGUGAUCUUCCAUGUACUAUUCAUCAUACAACAAAAGGACAAUCUUUAAAAUGGUUUAUUGAUAAUAUAGAAACAUUAAAUAUUGAUUAUUAUUUACCAAUUUUUACUGAUGGUUUAUGUGAAAUAAAAUAUCCAUAUAGUUUUAUUGCUUUACAAGGUAUUUUAGAUUUACUUGAACAUGCUUCACAUAAAAUUGAUAUUGAAACACUUUCAAAAUUAAUUUUACCACUUAAACGUGCUCUAUAUACAAAUAAUCCGAUUGUUAUUAGUCGUGUUUUACUUGUUCUUCAAAAAUUAGCUCGUGGUAAUGAUGGUGCUAUUGGUAUUGCUUUAGUACCUUAUUUUAAUCAACUUUUACCUAUUAUUAAUAUUAUUAAAGAACGUAAUGAAGGAAAAUUUUAUCAAAAUCAAAAACAAUGUUAUAUAAUUGAUGAUUAUGAAAAAAAUAUUUCAAAUGAAAUUGUUCGUCUUAUUGAUAAAACAUUAAUUGUACUUGAACAAUUUGGUGGACAAGAUGCUUUUAUUAAUAUUAAAUUUUCAAUACCUACUUAUGAACAACAAGCUGAUAUAAAACAAUUAUCUAAUGCUCAAAUCGAUACAAUGGUACAACCAUUCAUGGAAAUUUAA